UUUUUUUCUUUCUUUCUUUUUUUUUACAGACUGUAUUAUGUUAAGACUAACACGCUUGUUAUCCUCGAGGGUUUUGACUCAACAGCCUGCUAGAAACUUGGUAUCUUUCUCAAAGCAACCAACAAAAGUUUUUACGAGAUCAGUACAUGCUGCACCUAGAGAAUACAAUAGCUUGCAAUCAGCAGCUCAUCACUUUAAACAACAAAGACAUAUGCCCUACUUUUUGGAAUAUCUUAUGUGGGUCGUAUUUGGAUCUGAAGCGCUUCAUCUCAUUUGGCUCAAAAUGGACUAUAAAGAAUAUAGAGAAAGAACAGCUCAUAAGACGAAAUUGCUCGAGGAACUUAUUGAACGUAUCGAAAACGGUGAAGCAAUUAAUGACAGCUUAAGACAAGAAAUCAAAAUGGUCCUGUUGAACAACAAGCUUCAGCAUAAAGAUUCAAAUGAAAGUGAAGAUAUUGAUGAUGAUUAUUUAAACCAUUGUAAGUGAAUGCAGAUUCUUUUUUAUACUCAUGUUUGCUCUAGUGAUUGCCUCUUCAGAACAACCCAUUCAGACUGCCACACAAACAAAACAGUCAGAACCAAUAAGUGAUUCCAAUUGGAUGAAUGUUAAGCAAGAUGAAAACACAGGCAAUGAAAACGAAAAGAAGCCUUUCUUCUUAUAAACUGUAUUAUAACAAAUUGUA